GGGUCGCUGUAGCUCAGGGACGAGCGGCUGUAGUGCGGCAUGCAGGAACUCACUGCGCUUCCGCUUCCUGUUGGCAGUAUCAGUACACAGAGCGGCAGCAUGGGCCCGGAGCAGGAGCGUGGCUCCUCCAGUGAGGGGGAUGAAGAGGCGCCUGAAGAACUUACAUUUCAGACCGCAAAGAGCCAGGCGGUGGAGAGCGCCAGGAAACGGCAGCAAGAAGCCAGACGAGAAAAGGCCCUGUUAAAAGAGAAGAGGAAACUUAAGGAAGAAAGGUUUAAAGAACAAAAGAAAAGGAAAUUGCUCUCCACAGAUAUCCUUCAGGAUUUAACUGCACUUCCAGAGCAACAACUAGAGCAUUCUGAAGACAAAGAAACUUUUCAGGAAAAAGGUAGUCAACCAAAAUCUCAAACCAACAAGAAGCUUGAAAAGAAAUUGCGUCCUAAAAAAAGACUUCAAGACAACUAUAAUGUAGUGCGCCUGGAAGAUUACAAUCUGCUAAAUGUGCAGGAAGAGCGAGCAAAAACAUUUAUUCAGAAGACGUUGUAUGGGAAAUGGAAGAACAGGACAACAGCCAGUGAAUUUUUCUCCGUGUCAAGCAAAAUUGGUGAUGUUAAGAGGCCAGCGGUACAAUUUACCGACAAUACUUGGGCGAAAGAUGAGAAAAGAAGGGCAGAAAAGUUCAUGCAAAGUUUUAAAAACCGAAGGAAGAUAUGAAGGCAAUCUUGGCAGACAGAUGAUGGACUACAAUAUAGAAAAGAAAUACUCCGGGAAUCUACAAGUCAAAGAGGACUAGUCCAGUUAAUUCUGUCUUGUAUCCAGAAUGGCUAGUCUUGCUGUUUUAUUUAAUACAACUUCUUCAAGGAUACAUAGGCAUUCACAUGGUUCCUCCACAGUGGCCAAAAAUAUAUAUAUAUAUGAAACUGUACAACAUACAUGCAACUACGUAUACAUUGUACAAAUGAUAAAAUGCCACUGAGCAAAAUGUACAUAAUUACUUGUUUUGUUUUCUUUUUGAUGAUUAAAUUGAUAUACUGUAUCAAUCUGUUGCUUCUUA